GGCUCUGUCAAUCUUCCUAAGUUUCUUUUACUUCCUAAAGCAUUAAAUGAUAUUGGCGAAUAAGGAAGAAACAAGCUAAGUGUGUAGACCUUUUUAGAACUAAGAACAACCUUAUAAGCUCAGUUCAUUAAAAAGAAUUGUCUUGAUUUUACCCUUCUUUCGAGGCCAUAUGUUUAAUGACCGGACAUAGCUAAUCAAACAGUUUAGAUUUCUAAGAAAGAUGUUUGACUUAAUCCGAUAAUUACAUUACUAUGUAUCGCAUGUCUUUCUCAUUUGAAAGUAACAAACUUUCGGCUUCCUUGCCCUCGCAUUUGAAUCGCGAAAAGGAAAGCUGCCAUCGCCACAAAAAAUCUAAAGAGAUGAAUCAGUGCCAUGAGCCUAACACAGGUCAGAGACGUCUCUGUAGAGGACAUAUGCAAAAGAACAAAGCCAAGAAAACAUUACGUAUACUCCAUUCAAGUUCAUUGGCAUAGCGGACCCAUCACUCCAGUCUACAGAAGCUACAGUAACCUCCUUGAACUACAGGAAAAGUUACUAAGAAUAGAAGACUUCCUCCUGAACAAUGACAAUGAAACACCUUUCGGAACCCUGCUCAAAGAAAAGUCAUUUUCUGAAAGGUUUACUAUUAAAAAACGAGCCAAAGCAUUAAAAAGAAUGCCUGUCGUACAAGAAUUCCUCAAAUCUGUAGUUCAUCAACCUCAACAUAUUUCUGGAUCGGAUCCUGUGAUAAAAUUUUUUCAUCCGCUUCCCGACGAUGUUAUCGAAUUAGACCAUGAACAAGCAGAAAAACAUCGAGAUAUGGAUAGAGGUGGAUCUAAAGCAAAACACAUUCAUCACAUAUCGGAGCCAUUCUUACUAGAGCAGUACGUAGCAAUCGCAGAUUACAAAAGUACAGGAGUAAAUGACAUAAGUCUCAACGCUGGGAACGUCGUGGAAGUUAUCCAGAAAAAUGAACACGGUUGGUGGUUUGUGGACCUUGACAAAGAGGUGGGCUGGGUACCAGCAUCUUAUCUUGAACCCCGGGACGGCAGCAUGGAUGAUCAGGUGUUAGAGAUAUUCGAGGAAGGAGAGGAGGAAACAUAUAUUUCUAUGGACGUCUAUGAGCCUCAACUUAAAGAUGAGGUUGGGUUUGAAAUGGGAAAGGUGGUGAAGGUGAUUCAGAAAAAUCUGGAUGGAUGGUGGCUCAUCAAGUUUGAAGAGAAAGAGGGCUGGGCUCCAUCAAUGUAUCUGAGAGAGGUGGCCUCGUCCCAGUUCAAUGCAAGACAGAAAGGAAAACAGGCUGCGGUGAGAGCUAUGCUCAGAGACACGCGUUUGAAUAGCAGUUCUGUGCUUGCUGGAAGAAGACAAACGUGGGACCCAUCAGCCAGGAAAAAGAGUGUGGUGCGAAUUAAGACGAAUAAAGCAAACCAGGCAGUCUCCAGCUCUACUGGGAAAGAUAACAGUUUCACCUCAAAGCCUGCGAGAUCAUACGUAAAUCUUGAGUUUCAUCAAGUCACCAAGAACCCUCAAAGAAGACGAAAUCCGCGUCAGAAACAAGACCCAACUGAAGUAAGAGCAGGAUGCAGAUUAAGCGGAGAAUCAAAGAGCACCCUUAAGGUCAAUUCUGAAAAUAGCAAUGUGCAGAUUAAUGGCUUAUUGAAGCCCAGGCCUUUAUCAAUGGUGGAAGAGGAGGAUCCGGAAACUGUUUCCCGCGGGACGAGUCCUAUCCCGAGCCCGUUGCUAGCUCAGACUUCCAACAACUCAAGUCGCCCACUUUCUUGUUCCGACGAACGUUAUCACUUCCGCCCGAUUAAACUUCCGGAAGAGGAAACAAAAAAGGAUUUUGAAUUCCCGGUUGAGGAAACCGCACAUGGAUCUAGCUCUGAAAACGCUGUCAUCGAUUCCCAUGGUGAUGAAGACAAACAACCUGAUGUGAAAGACGAAGACGAGGAAGAAGGCGAAGAAUAUACUGAAAAUAUGCCGGAGCUGGUGAAUAAAAAAUUCUACGCUAUGGGAUUAUACGAAAAAGAAGGUGAACAGGAAGUAAAUCUGCGAGAGAAUGCCGAGGUUGAGCUUUUAGAAGAAUCGGAGGGGGGCUGGUGGCUAGUGCGCACUUCAAGCCAUUCUGUAGGUUGGGCACCGUCAAAUUUCCUAGAGAAAGUUCGAAGUUUGAAAACUGGUGGGGUAGAAGCUGUCACCGAGUCACCUGACGAAAAUAUAAUUGAGGUAACACCAAUAAGGCCGCCCAAGUCACCCAAAAUCCUCAAGAUGGCGGAAGAGAUAUCUGUAGAAAAGAGAUUUUGGAAAUAUCUCCAAAAGGGUAAAGAAGAGGGCACUUGUCCAAUUGACGAAGAAGACGUCGAUACCAAGGUUAUCAAGGAACCUUUUGAGACAAAAGAAGACAAAAGCGAGGUGUUCACUUUCUCAUUUGAUGACUACGAUUAUGAUAAUGAGAGCGGGGUUUGUUUGAGAAAACCCAGCGGGGUCAAGUUCAUGCCUCCGAAAAACGACCCUAUUGAUCAGGAACGUCUUCAAGCAUCCUGGGAUGGACCCGGUAGUAUAGAAAGAUCAGAGAGCGUACCUAGCUUGGCUGAGUCUGAAGACUUUGAUGAUUUACCCUCUGGUUAAAUGAUCAAGUCAUCAACCAACGAACCACUGCACUACAAGCAGUAAAGAAACCUGCCUGGCCACAUACAUUUAAAGUGAUAUUAGAAGACAUUUAUUGAUUUUAGAUAUCGUGAAAUAGGCUAUCGCUAUUUUCGUGCAAAGAAUUGUCAUUUCUUUAACUCGUACAGUGUACUACCUUCCUUUUGUGUGGGCAAUAAGUUAAGAUAAUGAAGAAACUUUUGUAAGCUGUGAACUCCGGUUAGACUCCCUCUGGCUUUUACUACUCCGCUUUGGGUCACAAAAAGGCUCAAUUUUAGUGAUCGAGUCCGUUUAACCCUUUAACUCCCAAGAUCUGUUUAAUUCUCCCCUCUGACUGCUUGACGUUUCUUUGUAACCUAGUUAAAAGAAUUUGGUGCUAGAUCAAGAUAUUAACCUCAACCUGAUAAGUUUGAGUAUUCUCAUUACUUGUUUGCUGAAUAGGGAGUUUUUAAACCCUCAAAGGGUUUAUUGAGCUGUCCGUGGAAUAAAGGUUCCUUUUUUAAGAGUGAGAGGACAAAUUCGAAGCCUUAGUCGAUGCCUGCUUAUCGCAGUGUCUACUUAAAAGAUCCCUUCCAACCACAAUACCCUGCGCGCCUCUAUUAUUGUUUUGAUGCCUAGUCAAAUAG